AUGCCGUUCAUGGCAUUUCCUACCACCGUUCCGGCCAAAGCUGAGUCCCAUUAUAUUGCCCUCGAAGUGUUCGUUGCUCUAGCAACUAUUGUCGGUAACUUUUUCGUCAUAAUGGUGUUCUUUCGAUUUUCCACAUUGCGGACUCCUUCCAACUACUACAUUCUCUCGCUAGCAGUAGCCGACCUGUUUGUCGGUGUUUUUGCGAUCCCGUUCGCAAUACUCGUUUACCUGGGUCUACCUCGGGAUUUCAAGGCAUGCCUUUUCAUGAAUUCUCUGUUGAUGCUUCUCUGCACAGCCUCUAUACUAUCCCUGGUUGCACUCACUGUUGACAGGUAUUGGGCUAUCUCACGACCGUUCCACUACAAGAGACAAGUAAACAAGAGGGUGCCCGCCGUGGCUAUUUGCACCUCAUGGAUAUUGUCAAUUCUGAUUGGUUUAAUACCUGUGUUCGGUUGGAACAAGGGCAAACCAAAAGAACCCCGUUGUUUUUUCCUUGAGGUGAUGGACCUCAGAUAUUUACUUUUCAUAUAUGUGGUCACUAUAUUGUUACCUUCUUUGGUCAUUAUCGUUGUCUACAUGAGGAUUUACAAAACGGUCCGACGUCACGUGAGUAUUCAUUUCCAUUUUUUUCCCUUCCCAUCUCUCUUAAUCGGCAUAUUGCUCAUUAAUUUUACAAUAGAUCAUUUCUCCAUAAUUUAA